AUGUCGUCCCAUCCGUCCCUCAAGGCGACCUUCGCCAACCGAGCUGAGGCAGCUACUCAUCCUCUUAGCCGACAUCUCUACAAGCUUAUGGACCUCAAGGCCUCGAACCUUUGCCUCAGCGCCGAUGUCGCAACCGCCCGCGAACUUCUCUACUUUGCCGACAAGAUUGGUCCAUCUAUCGUUGUUCUCAAGACUCAUUACGACAUGGUGGCCGGCUGGGACUUCGACCCUAAGACAGGUACUGGUGCUAAGCUUGCCUCGCUAGCUCGCAAGCAUGGUUUCCUCAUCUUUGAGGACCGCAAAUUUGGUGAUAUUGGCAACACGGUCGAGCUGCAGUAUACUAGCGGUGCUGCGCGUAUCAUCGAGUGGGCACAUAUCGUCAAUGUGAACAUGGUUCCAGGCAAGGCCUCUGUAACAUCCUUGGCCAACGCCGCCAGCCGAUGGCUCGAGCGAUACCACUACGAGGUCAAGACUUCCAUCAGCAUUGGAACGCCCACGGCCAGCCAGCUUGACGAGGAUAGCGAACAUUCAGAUGGCGAGAACCCGAAGGAACCAACCGAAACUGCUCGCACAGACGGCCGCAAAGGCAGCAUUGUCUCUACCACUACCGUCACUCAACAGUACGAGUCAGCCGAUUCGCCGCGUCUUGUCAAGACGAUUCCUGAGGGUGAUGAGUCGGUUUUCCUCGGCAUUGAGGAGGCACCGAUCGAGAGGGGCCUCCUCAUCCUAGCACAAAUGUCGAGUGAGGGAAAUUUCAUGAACAAGGAAUACACACAAGCCUGUGUAGAGGCCGCGCGGGAACACAAGAGCUUUGUCAUGGGCUUUAUCUCACAAGAGUGUCUCAACACACAACCCGACGAUGAUUUCAUCCAUAUGACACCCGGCUGCCAAUUGCCCCCCGAGGGUGCCGACGAGAACGAAGCUAUCAAGGGCGACGGCAAGGGCCAGCAGUACAACACACCACAGAAGAUCAUUGGCAUUGCUGGUGCUGAUAUUGCUAUCGUUGGACGUGGUAUUAUCAAGGCAGGCGACCCUGAGGAGGAGGCUGAACGAUACCGGUCCGCAGCGUGGAAGGCGUACACGGAACGUGUUCGUUAA